GGGGUGCAGCGCUGGAAAUGCCCAUCAGGAGGUCUUGGUUUCACACAGCCCCGGCCAAUCACAGCCUGCGUUAGGGGUGGCGGCCAGCGAGCGCUGGAAUGGCGGCCAUGCCGUUUGUCAGCGAGGGGAAGUGUGUCAGCGUGGAGUGGGACUUUCUGCAGGGACUGCUGGCUAAACCACCUACCCUGCCCUGCCUGCAGAAUCUGAGGAAGGAGAAGUCUCGGAAUGCUGCACGCUCCCGCCGUGGGAAAGAAAACUUUGAGUUCUUCGAGCUGGCAAAGAUGCUGCCGCUGCCCGGAGCCAUCACCAGCCAGCUGGACAAGGCCUCUGUCAUCCGCCUCACCAUUAGCUAUCUGCAUAUGCGCCACUUCGCCAGCCAGGGAGACCCGCCGUGGAGCCCCCUGCUGGAAGGAGGACCCAACUGCACCAAGGUGCGUCGUACCUCUCAGUCCUUGGCCUCUGACAUGUUCGAGCAGCACUUGGGUGCACACCUACUGCAGUCUCUGGAUGGAUUUGUGUUUGUGAUUAGCCAUGAGGGACGCUUUCUCUACAUCUCUGAGACGGUCUCCAUUUACCUGGGUCUUUCACAGGUGGAGCUGACGGGCAGCAGUGUUUUCGACUACAUCCACCCCGCCGACCACGUGGAGAUGGCAGAGAGACUUGGCAUCAGGCCACACCUCCGGGCUGAAGCUGGGUGCCAACAGGCCCACGAGAGCGCCUCCAGCUCUGCAUCUACCUCCUCACUGGCUGAAACCCCAGAACCAGCCCCCUCCAGCCCUCCAUCCCCUGAGGAUGACCCUCCUGACCGGGGCUUCUUCAUCCGGAUGAAGUCCACCCUGACCAAGCGUGGCCUGCACGUCAAGUCCUCUGGAUACAAGGUGAUCCAUGUGACUGGGCGGAUCCGCUGUCGACUCGCCCUGGUGCCAGGUCCCACCCGUUCGCUGCAGCGGCCGCUGGGAUUGGUGGCCCUGGCUCACACGCUCCCGCCCUCCACCCUCAACGAGGUGCGCAUGGAGAGUCACAUGUUUGUCUUUCGUGUGAACAUGGACCUGCAGGUCACCUACUGCGAGAACAGGAUCUCCGAGUACAUGGACCUGAGUCCCUCCGAGGUGGUGGGCCACACCUGCUACCGCUUCAUCCAUGUGGAGGACCUGGAGAGCGUGAGGCAGAGCCAUGAAGACCUGCUGCGGAAGGGACAGGUGGUGACGGGGUACUACCGCUGGCUCCAGAAGAGAGGGGGGUACCUAUGGGUCCAGUCCUGCGCCACCGUCUCCAUCAACCACAAGGCGCCCCACGAGCGCAACGUCAUCUGGGUCAACUACGUGCUCAGCCGGACGGAGAUGCCGGACACUCCGCUGGACUUGCUGCAGCUACCGGAGAGCCUGCGGUCUGAGCGGGUGCGAGCAAGCCCCUCCCCCCGGGACAUCCCGCCUCACACGCAUGGAACCUCUGUCACCCGGCCAAUAAAAUGUGCUGGCAGCAGAAGUGGAUCUGGGCUAAAGGUUAGGGAGCCGUUUACCCAUCCCUCAGAUGGCCAAUCAGAGGAGAGCAGGAAGAGGACAUGGCAGCCUGACCCUGAAGACGGUCCUCCGGAAGUGAGGAGGCAGAGGGAAGAGUUUCGGGAGGCGAGAGAGGAGAGCCCGUCUGCUUCAUCAGACCUGGGGAGUGACAGCGAGGUGGAGGGGGGAGGAACCGACAGGGAGCGCAACGCUGAUGACAAGAGCGUGAAGUCCGAGGAGGGGGUGCCGAGGCAGAGCGGCGACACCGCGCAGGGCAAAGGGGGCCGGAUCCAGAACGGCCGAGCCGUCAUCCAGCACCUUAAGAGUGCUGUCGCUUCCAGCAUAAAAACUGAACAGGACUUUGCGAGCUCCGGGCCUGCCGUAGCAGGGGGACGAUGGGGGCAUUCGCACGCCUCCCUGCACGCGCCCUCCGGGACCCAAAAUGGUGACGUGCCCCCUUCUACUGUACCUGACUCCGCGCUGACCCCACCUGGAGGGGAGGCCCCGCCCAAGGGCCUGUUCUCGCCCGCCUCUCCUGCCCUUUCGCCGCCCAUUUCGGGCUCACCACUUUCGAGGGAGGAAAGGUCCCUCACUGGGGGUCGAGGCACGGACUUUGAGCUGCUCCAGAGACUGGCGGCAGGGGGCGCCGCUGGCCGGGUGCUGUUCCACCCCUUGGCCCUCGGCCCCCAGGGGCCCCAGAGCCUCUACGCCCCCAGCACCAUACGCUAUGCCCCAGCUGAGCUGCCCACUGCCCACCCCGCUCCGGAAGGGCUGCCCCCGGAGCAUCCCAAGCCCCCCGCUUUCUUCCCCCACCUGCAGCGGAUCGCCGCUCUGCCACCCUUCAGCGGCUUCUCAGCCUCUGACCCGUCCUUCCCCCCCGGCCUGCCUUUCUGUGUGAACGGACUCAGAGGAGCAGCCGGGUCGGAGGAGGACUAA